AUGGAGGAGGUCCCCCUGGUCAGGAGUUGCACUCAAGUCCCUUUGGAAAAUUUCUGGAAGGCUGUUUUAGUUUACCACAAUAGGCCCCACGUGAUCAAUCGCAAAUUAGCAGCGAUUGUGCCCCUUAUCUUUUGCAAAAUCACACUCAACUGCCCUGGCGUUAAACGCCUGAGGGACGUUUUCACCUGGGAGUCCCUCAUAUACGAAGUUAGAAAGUUACCCGACUUGUCCCAAAUCACUCCACAAUUUAUUAAAAAUAUCACGGAAAUUUACGACAAAAAAGCCACAGUUGAGGAAACGGCGCUAGAGACAUUGGAUAAUUGUUACGAGGGCACUUUUCUAUCAAUUCGACAGUUACUUUCGCGCAAAAACAACGAAAAAUGCCUUGAAAUCGCAAUUUUUGAUAAAGACACCCAAACUGUUACUUUUCUCGCCGCUCAAGAACAAACCAGUCCGAUCAUAGCCCCCCGAUUUCCCUACCACAUCCACUUGACCAAAUCGGGACACCUGACUAUCAUUUUGAACGAAUUUGAAAUUGCCGAAACGGCAAGUGCUGAAUGGCUUGCCGAUAAAUUAUUUCCAAAAUUGAUGAAAUGGAGCGAAAACGACAUUAGUGACGAUUCUGUGAUAAAAUCUCUGAGUCUUGUAGCCCCUAGUGACUACUGCACGCUUUACUCCGAAUUGAAGGUGAAAUACGGCAGAGAUUUGGUCGAAAAGUGGCCACAAAAAGCCAAAACUGAUCCCCAAAAAUACGUUUUUGAGGACAUCGCAAUCGCGGCUUACUUGAUCAGUUUAUGGCGGCAUUUAAAGACUGAAAAUAUCAAUUUCGUGGACUGUGGGUGCGGCAAUGGUCUCCUCGUCUAUAUUUUAAACAAGGAGGGUUUCAAGGGCUGUGGUUUCGAUAUUCGAAGUCGGCAAGUUUGGGAGAUUUACGGGGGCGAAGCCGACCUUCGCACAGGUGCAGUCACCCCAGAGUCAAUUUAUCCGGACGCCACUUGGCUCAUUGGUAAUCACUCGGACGAGCUAACACCUUGGAUUCCGAUCAUUGCACUCAACAGUUCACCCAAGACGAAUUUUUUCGUUCUGCCUUGUUGCCCGUACGACUUAAGUGGUCGCAAAUAUGUUAGAAUUAACGCUGCAUUAAGCCAGUAUGGGGACUAUUUGGAUUAUGUUAAAAAUAUUUCCACAAUGUGUGGAUUUACGACGUCGGUUGACAAGCUGAGGAUUCCGUCAACGAAAAGAACUUGCCUUGUGGGAAACAAAAAUGAGCCCGAGCUUGAGGAAACUAGGCAAAAAAUGAAGGAAUUUGUUGAAAAAAAUACAAGGGACUUUGUGCCGCGAGCAGCGGUCGAGAAAGUUCGUAACUGUACGAGGCUGGACCCGGAUUUGAAGAAAAAAAUAAUUAAUUUGAUCGUUGACGAAUUACUUCAAACACCUUGUGAUUCCGAAAUCUCGGACUGGAAAACCGGGGGGACAAUGUCUUUGGAAGAAUUGAGCCAGAAAAUUUCAAGCGAGGACCGCAAGGCGCUUAAAAAUGAAUGUGGGGGGCUCCAAACUCUAAUAAAAAAUCACAGAUAUAUUUUCGAACUGCGCAAAACUUGGGUUACACUACGUGCCCCCCAAACCCUUAAACAAACCGACAAAUACAAGGACAAACCCUGCUGGUUCCACGAAAAUUACCCGUACGGUUGCUUGCACUCCGCUGAAAUUUGUUGUUACAAACAUGUAGAAAAGAAUUAAUUUUUUAUUUGUAAAAAAGUUUGAACAAUAAAAUUUUUGAAGCAUC